AUGAUAAACAGUCUCUUUAUUAUAAAUUCUUCAGGAGAUGUCUUCAUGGAGAAACAUUGGAAGAGUGCAGUCGCACGUUCGCUCUGCGACUAUUUCUUUGAUCAACAGCGACGAGUCUUGUCACCGGAGGAUACACCUCCGGUGAUAGCUACUCCACAUCAUUAUCUCAUUAGUAUAUAUCGCUGUAAUAUGUUCUUCGUCGCAGUGUGCAUGACAGAAGUCCCACCAUUGUUUGUUAUUGAAUUCUUGCACAGAGUAGUGGACACUUUCGAGGAUUAUUUCAGCGAAUGUACAGAAACUAUUAUAAAAGAAAAUUAUGUGGUAGUAUAUGAGUUGCUAGAUGAGAUGUUAGACAAUGGUUUCCCUCUGGCGACGGAAUCUAAUAUAUUGAAAGAAUUGAUCAAGCCACCUAAUAUUUUACGCACCAUUGCAAAUACUGUUACGGGCAAAUCCAACGUUAGUGCAAUCUUGCCAAGUGGACAAUUAUCCAACGUCCCUUGGAGACGAACUGGAGUGAAAUAUACCAACAAUGAGGCGUACUUUGAUGUUGUUGAGGAAGUCGAUGCGAUUAUUGAUCGAACUGGAGCAACAGUGUUUGCAGAAAUUCAGGGCUAUAUUGACUGUUGUAUAAAAUUAAGUGGUAUGCCAGAUCUCACUCUAUCGUUUAUGAAUCCAAGACUAUUCGAUGAUGUUAGCUUUCAUCCUUGCGUUCGAUUCAAAAGAUGGGAAUCGGAGAGAAUACUUUCCUUUAUUCCCCCUGAUGGUAACUUUCGCCUUCUUUCAUAUCACAUAGGAUCACAAAGUAUUGUAGCAAUUCCUAUAUAUAUAAGACAUAAUAUUAGUCUAAAAGAACCAGGAGGUGGUAGAUUAGAUAUCACUGUUGGACCAAAACAGACUAUUGGUAGGACGGUUGAAAACGUGACUCUAGAAAUUCCCAUGCCAAAGAUAGUUUUGAAUUGCACUUUAACUCCAAACCAAGGAAAAUAUUCUUUUGAUCCUGUCAGUAAAAUAUUGCUGUGGGACAUUGGAAGAAUUGACGUUUCCAAGCUGCCAAAUCUCAGAGGAUCGAUCACAAUACAAAAUUCAACAACUAUUACUGAAUCAAAUCCUGCUAUUAAUGUGCAUUUUACGAUAAAUCAAUUAGCAGUAUCCGGAUUGAAAGUAAAUCGGUUAGAUAUGUAUGGUGAAAAAUAUAAGCCAUUUAAAGGUGUCAAAUAUAUCACUAAAGCUGGAAUAUUUCAAAUAAGAAUGUAAAUAUGUGUUAAUAAUUAUAAAUUCUAUCCUUUUUACAUUACAUUAAACAUAUAUCUUAUAACAUUAUAUCUAUGAACAGAUUAAAUGUGAUGAAUUUACAUGACAUUAAAGGUAUAUAGUUUGCAGUAAUGACUAUGUACAAAAAUAAGAA